AUAUUAGGUCUAGUAUGAUCUGUUGUUGGUGCCCAGCAAGGCCCAGACUCUUGGAUAUAUGACUUCCUUCCUUGCCUAUCAUUAUAUCCCAGAUACCCACGAGUCACAUCAUGGGCUUCUCCAAAUUCCGAUAUCUUCCAGCAGAGCUACGAAUACACAUCUGGGAGGACAGUCUUCCGCAGAAACUUGGACGCCCCAUCUACCGUUGGAGGGAAGGGUGUUGGCAGUUGAGCCCCUGCGACCCAAACACCGGGGCCAGACAGCCUAAGCUCGAGUUCCGCCACACGCUCUUGCACAACAUCCGGAUCGACCUUCCGCAGCUUUUUGUGGAUCAGGAGGCGCGGGCCAUUGCCCUGAGAUGGCUCCAGCGCCAAGGAGCAACGAUCACAGUCGAUCCCGCACAGCAACCAUUGACGGUAGCACGGGUGUUCGACCCCAUGCACGAUGCGCUGUACGUCUGCUCAGGCGCAUCGGAGGAUUACCUCAAUUUCAUCCUCGAGCCACAUGAGCGACUGGAGGAGCUGGCUGGGCAAUUCGUCACCACAAUACCGCCCGCCGUCCGACACAUCGCGCUGGCCAGAGAGCUGUUCGUCAAUUCCGCCGGCCUAUUCCACGACAUCUUCCACCAUUUCCGGCACAUCCAAACAGUCUAUGUGAUGGAGGAUGUACCGCCAGAAUUGGACCAGCAGACGAGGGAUAAGCUUCAAGACUGGUGGGAACUCGAACGUACUACUGGCGUGAGCAUUUCGUGGGACUUUACUCGGGACCGGUUCACAAGACCCCUGAGUGAGGCGGCAGAUGACCAACGACUGUGGUGGCUGCUCAACCGGGCCAGCGUAGGGCUGCGACGGGCAUUCUCACCGGAACAGCAGGCUGUUUUCGAGGUGUAUCCUGUUGUCGCUGUGCGUAGAUGAGCACAACUCCCAGCUUAGACCAAUGAAGCCCUGCACCAUCAGUUGCCACGCAAAUCCAUCUCA